ACGUUUUCCAUUUUUAGUUUUGCUAGCUGCUACAUUGGCAUUACCCUGGUUACAGGAAAUGGUGGGUUGUCAUAUUUUGAUGCUUUCCUUUUACAGUGCAUGUGAAAUAAAUACUCAACUGUAUCCAUUUAAUUCUGUUUCCUUUUAUUAAACUCAUUUUGUUCAUCUUUUGGCUAGUUAAAGAGAAUUUUUUGCAUUCCUUUUUAAACUCAUUUUAUUCUGUUACAUUGACAUGGUAUACUGCAUUUUUUUGGCAAAAACAUUGCAUGCUGCAUGAGAUCUUCCUUUUUCACGUAGAAUGGGAUCUAGAAAGUUCAAUACACUCAUGAGUUACUCGUCUCUCUCAUGUCCUGAGCCUUGGGGUUUCGAUGUUGGACACGUAGGGACAUCCUUAGCUUGUUUACGUCAUUAACAAACUAACAUAACUGGCUUUUUGAUGGUAGACUGGAAUCUUAACCACCUGCAGUUUAUGAUUAUGGAUAGGAUUAAAUUGACAUAUGUUUACUUUCUCGGGUGUCUUUUGACAGUAUUGGCGCUGAGCACGUGAGACUUGCAGGCUUGAAUCUGAAGCAAGCUUGUGAUGAGAUGCAUAAGCAGCAUUUCCUUUGCAACUUAGACCUGACAAAGAAUGAAUUCACCCGUACUCAGAACAAGCUGCAGGUUGUUGUUCAGAUGGAACGCAGGAUUAUGAGACUUGAGGCUAAACAACGAAAAUAGAGAUGCUAUCAAGUUCUCUUGAACAUGAGUACGAGUUCCCUGCUAGUCUGGAAAUCCAGUGAGUUGGGGAAAUCAUACUUAUUCCAGAAGAAACAAAGUAAAUUAACCGAUAGUCGGUAUAUAUUUCUAUUGCUUGCUGCUUCGUAUCAUGAAAAUCCUGCUGUAAGGAUGAGUCUCUAGUGACAUAAUAAUCUCUUUUAUGCAUUUAUGGAAAAAUAGAGAACAUUUAUCACCAAGGUAGAAUUGCAGCAUUGAAGUUUCUGUCCAAAUUGAAGUGCUAAAUUAUUGUGAGUGUAUUAGUUCAAGUCUUAAGUGUCUUACUAUAUAUAAUAAUAUCAAAAAGGUGUUGUCUAGUCUGCACUGCAACUGAAUUAUACAACUUAAACUAUUAGAUCGGAAUAGUCCCUUGAUAUUAGGAUUUGUGUUGCAUUUAAUGGUUCAUGUUUUGUAGUUUAGUGCUGUUCGGAUUACAAAAUAAAAAACAAAAUAUAUUAAUUAAAAGGGCAUAAUUGAUUGGGUGUAUUGGUGAUAUGAGAAUGUAUUAUUUUAGACACUUGAUGAAAGGUUAGCUUCAGGAAUAAACGACACAAUAACUGGUUCUAUUGCCUACUACUGAAUGAUCAAAUGAUUUGCCCAUGUGGGUGAUUCCGGACUUGCAAGACUUUUACAUUGGAUGUAAAUCAGCUCAAAGAACACAAAGCUAUAUUGGCAUAAAUGGAACUGCUGGCUAUGCGGCAACAGAUAAUAGUUUUAUUAUUCCUUUAAUUUGAUUGACAAAUGGAUUUUCUAAAGAGUUCUCUGUUUUGCCUAUUUGAAUUGUACUAGACUGCCAAAUAUAAAUGGUAAAAUAGG